AUGGCUACCAAAAACCACCAGAGACCACCCUUCCGCGCGGAGCACAUGGGCUCGCUGUUGCGACCCAAAGCUCUCACGGACAAGCGCAUUGCUUUGGAUGAGAAGAAGGCUGUUGAGAUUGCUGCGGAUGAGGAACUGAACCGUCUGGAGGAGGAGGGUGUUCGUGAGAUUGUCAAGACGCAGCUUGACCUCGGUUUUCAUGCCAUCAAUGAUGGAGAGUAUCGACGUCAUCAGUUUUGGGGCAACUUCUUCCCUGGUCUAGAAGGUUUCGAGGAAGUUCCUGCGCCUAGCUGGGAUAUCUUCCGCAUGUAUGUGCCAGACAUUGCGGCUUUUAUCGAGAGCGACCACAAGCCAGGAGAGUCCAUCCUGUGCACCGGCAAGAUCAAGCACAAGGGCAGCACUUAUCUCAGAGAAUGGGAGUACCUCAAGACUCUCAUUCCUCCUGAGAAGGUCAAGGACGCGAAGCUCACCCUGCCCGCUCCUGAGUGGUACCACCUGAGAUACAAGAAGGGGCAUGCAUACCCCAAGGAUGUCUACGCCAACGACGAGGAGUACUUCGGCGACAUUGCCAAGGCGUACCGUACGGAGUUGGAGGUCUUAUACGACCACGGCGUCCGUAACGUCACCAUUGACGACCCCAAUCUGGCUUACUUCUGCUCAGAAAAGAUGCUCCAAGGAUUCAAAGAAGCAGGCGAAGACUCCGACGCCCUGCUGCAAUCCUACAUCAAGCUCUACAACGACAGCAUCAGCUCCCGGCCCGCGGACAUGCACCUCGGCAUCCACCUCUGCCGCGGCAACUUCGCCUACUCACGCCACUUCUCCGAGGGCGGCUACGACCGCAUCGCCUCCCGCCUCUUCAAGGAGAUCAACGCCGACACGUACUUCCUCGAGUACGACACCGACCGCGCCGGCGGUUUCGAGCCCUUGAAGGAGCUGCCCGCCCACAAGAACGUCAUCCUGGGCGUCAUCACGUCCAAGUUCCCCGAACUCGAGGACCUCAACAAGAUGCGGGAGCGGGUGUUCCAGGCGGCUGACUUUGUGGCGCAGGGGGCUGGCCAGACCCGCGAGCAGGCGUUGAAGAGGAUUGGGGUGAGUCCGCAGUGCGGAUUUGCUAGCCACCACCUUGGCAACUCGAUCACCCACCAGGAUAUGGUCAAGAAGUUGGACUUGGUGAGGAAGCUUGCUGACUCGAUUUGGCCUGGCGAGCCCUGA